GAACUUUGGUCAGGCAGUAAAUUGGCGUGUUCGCAGCGCGAGCUCAAGUCCUCCGAGACAGAAACACAGAUACCCAGGACAUGGACAAAAGUUUGACGCGAUCACAUUACAUCUGAGCCACRGGGCUGCUGAGGAAAAACAAAGGUGGACAUGGAGGACGUCUGGGCRGGGGUCUUUUGGGCCAUGAAGAUCUGGCUGUACCUGAUCAUCAGCCUCAUCAUGUUCCCAGCCAUGUUUGGAUUCUCUCUGGGCAUCUCCGAGGCCUACAUGACCAUCUUGAUGAAGACUUUAAAGUGGGCCACUCUGAAGAUACAGAAGGCAAAYGCUGAAGAAAAAGCAGUCAAUAAUAUCCCAUCUAAUGGUCUCAUCCUGAGGGAAAACGGCUCCAUGGAGAAGGAGCUGGGGGAACUCAGACGCAGCAGACCCAAACCACCCGUCGGCGGCGACUUCACGCUCAGCGACUGUUUCUACUUCACUCGGAGAGGAAUCGAGAGCAUCGUGGAGGACGAGGUGACCCAACGGUUCACCUCUGAGGAGCUCGUGUCCUGGAACUUACUGACUCGGACCAACAACGAUUUCCAGUACAUCAGUCUGAAGCUGACGCUGGUCUAUGGUCUGGGUAUCUUUGUUAGAUACUGCAUCCUUGCCCCACUUAGGAUAACUCUGGCCUGCAUCGGCCUGAGCUGGUUGGUCAUUGGAACGUCUGCCGUUGGAGUUCUCCCCAACUGGAGGAUAAAGUUCUGGCUCAGCGAGUGGGUCCACAUCAUAUGCUACAGGAUCUGCGCUCGAGGACUUUCUGCUGCUAUUCAGUAUCACAACAGAGAAAAUAAACCUAAAAAAGGAGGAAUUGGCGUCGCCAACCACACCAGUCCAAUCGACGUGGUGAUCCUGUGCAAUGAUGGGGGCUACGCCAUGGUGGGUCAGGUUCACGGAGGUCUGAUGGGGGUGCUUCAGAGAGCCAUGGUGAGGGCCUGUCCUCAUGUCUGGUUUGAGAGGUCGGAGAUGAAAGAUCGCCACCUGGUGACCAAAAGGCUGAAAGAUCAUGUGAGCGACAAAACAAAGCUUCCCAUCUUAAUAUUUCCUGAAGGAACCUGCAUCAACAACACGUCGGUGAUGAUGUUUAAAAAAGGAAGUUUUGAAAUCGGAGGAACAAUAUAUCCUGUAGCCAUCAAGUACGAUCCAAAGUUUGGAGAUGCUUUCUGGAACAGCUCCAAGUACAGCAUGGUGAGUUACCUGCUGAGGAUGAUGACCAGCUGGGCCCUGGUCUGCAACGUCUGGUACCUGCCGGCCAUGCACCAACAG